AUGUUCUCCCGUUUGAUUACUAGAUCACUCACCUCAUCCCGUCGUGUUGCCUUGUCCAACAAGGCCACCUUCAAGCCAAUGGGAAGCUCUGUCUUCUACUCAACAAAGAAGGCAACAACUACUGCCCCACCUCCCCCACCUCCAAAGUCGGGAAGACGUGAGGACGAGGCUGAGGAGCUCGAGAAGUUCGAUACCGAGGCAGAGGUCCCACAGAGCGUCUUGAAGGAGCUCGAGAAGUCCCGCGCUGCCCAGAAGCAGCAGUACCAGGACAUCGUCGCCAAGCUCACCGAGACCACCGAGGAGUCAAAGGUGUCGUCAAAGAAGUUUGAGGUCAAGCCAACCAUCGCCAUCACCACCGCAUCAGGCAAGGUUGCCCACGCCCUCUUCUCGAUGGCUUCGCAGGCUCGCAGUCUUGCCAUCGUCGGCAAGGAUGCCGAUCUCAUCAUCAAGGCCUUUGAGAAGAUCCCCUCGUUCAGAAGCACCAUCGAGGAGCCAGAGGUUGAGGUUGCUGACAAGCAGAACCUCAUCGACUUCUUCAUUGCCUCCAUCCCACUCUCACCAAUCGGAGAGUUCUUCCUCUACUACAUGGCCAAUGAGAACAACUUCAAGAACAUCCUCCCAGCCUUGUCUGACUACAAGCGUUUGGUUGCUUCACUCUCAACAGAGAUGACCGUUAGAUUGACCAUUGCUCGUGAGUACAAUGCAAAGGAGAAGGAGCAAUUGGAGCUCCAGAUCAGAUCAUAUUUCACAGAGGACACUCAGAUGUCAUUCAUCUACACCGUCGACCCAUCGAUCAAGAGUGGCUACAAGGUCGAGUCCCCACUGCUCAACCACAACGCCACCCUGUCCGCCGCCAUCCAUAAGGCCGAGCGCGAGGAGAACGCCCUCUUCACCGAGUUCUUCAACGAGUUGAGACACGCCGCCAUCACCGACACUGCCGUCUGGGAGAAGCAGGAGUUUAAGGAUAAAUACUUCUCCUUCGAUUCAAAGGCCUACGAGGAGAGCAUCGAGAAGGAGCUUAAGAAGUAA